UGGUUUGUUUCGUUUUCUGCAGGAGACGUAAAUGACACCAAGCAAAACCUACUUAGUGUGUAGAUUCCCAGAAACUAAAUGGUGAAAAAGCAAACAUGAAGUGUGGAAGUUUGUUUUGUGUUUUUCUGUUUAUCGUUCUUCAAAUGGACUUUGGACAAAAUGAUGAAACCCCCAGGAAGCAAAGGAGGAAGAUGUAUUAUAGACUGAAGAAAAGUUCCUCACCCAACCACAGAUCCAGUAGACAGCUUGGAGCCCAGCGAACGGUGGUGGUGACACCAGCAGCCACACAUCCCAUGGUUAACUUUGAUUACAGCUCGGAGGAGAAGUUUGAAUCCUUUCUAGGUUUUCCUGGCAUAGAAUCAAGCUACAAUGUGCUACAAGGAAAGAAGGGACACUGCGUGGUGAAUGGAAUGACCAUGUACCACACAGCCAUGUGGUCCCCUGAGCCCUGCACCACCUGCCUCUGCUCAAACGGAAGGGUGCUCUGUGACGAAACCCUGUGCCAGCCUCAGACCUGCCCGCGGACAGUUACGCCUGAGGGAGAAUGCUGCCCAGUCUGCUCUGAUACCGUGGCCUCCUACUUGCUGCUCAGUGGCAGAGUAAUUAAUGACAGAACUGAAUUUUCUGGUGAUUCUUCAGAACAAAGAAAACCUACUAAUUUACUUCCAGAAAAAAGGCCACCUCCUCAGGUGAAAAAGGAUCCAGCAUUGAGAAAAGAGGAACUUCAAUCUGAGGAGGCUGAAGAUGAAAUAAAAGAAAAUGAAGAUAGGGAGCAAAAGAAAAAGAUCCGUGGACCUGGAGAUGGGGGAAGACUUCCUAAUGAGGGGCAGAGCAGAGAGGGGGCAGAGCAGAGACCUGGAGAGGAGAGCAGGCAGGCCCAUCAACAUGAAAACACAGCAAGGAAGGAAGAGGAGGAGGAGGAGGAAGAGGAGGAGGAGGAGGAGGAAGAGGAUGUGUUCAGUGUGCCAUCUCGACUCCCAGGCCCUGCUCCUCCCAGAGGUGUGCCACCUCUGCCAAGCAGUUGCGCUCUGUCCUACAGGACCAUCAGCUGCAACGGCGCUGACCUCAUACAGAUACCACCAAUAACAGCACCCGAGAUAACAAGCCUGGAGCUUGCGGGCAAUUCCAUCACCUCCAUUCCGGAUGAAGCAUUUAAUGGAUUACUGAAUCUGGAAAGGCUUGAUUUGAGCAAAAACAAUAUCACCUCUUCAGGUAUAGGACCAAAAGCAUUCAAGUUUCUGAAGAAGUUAAUGCACCUGAAUAUGGACGAAAACAAUCUGGUAGAGAUUCCUUCACAACUACCAUCUACACUGGAAGAACUUAAAAUCAAUGACAACAAUCUUCAGGCCAUUGAUGAAGAAAGUUUCUCAGACUUGAGUCAGCUGGUUACCCUAGAACUGGAAGGAAAUCAUCUCAGUGAAAGCAACGUCAACCCUUUAGCAUUCAAACCCCUGAAGAGCCUGUCCUACCUGCGCCUAGGAAGGAAUUUGUUUAGGAUCAUACCACAGGGUCUUCCUGCUUCCACUGAGGAAUUGUACCUGGAAAAUAACCAAAUUGAAGAAAUAACAGAAAUUUGUUUCAAUCACACCAGAAAUAUCAAUGUUAUUGUACUGUGUUAUAAUAAAAUAGAAGAAAACAGGAUUGCUCCUUUGGCCUGGAUAAACCAAGAGAAUCUGGAGUCCAUCGACCUUUCCUACAACAAGCUCUACCAGGUACCCUCCUACCUCCCCAGGUCACUGCUGCACCUUGUGCUCCUGGGGAACAGGAUCGAGCGCAUCCCUGGCUAUGUGUUCGGCCACAUGAAGCCAGGCCUUGAAUACCUGUACCUGUCAUUUAACAAACUCUCUGAUGACGGCGUGGACCGAGUGUCCUUCUAUGGGGUGUACCAUUCUCUGAGAGAGCUGUUUCUGGACCACAAUGACUUCAAGUCUAUACCACCAGGGGUACAAGAAAUGAAGGCUCUACAUUUUCUGAGGUUGAACAACAAUAAGAUACGGAAUGUCCUUCCAGAACAGAUCUGCAAUGCUGAGGAAGAUGACGACUCAGCCCUUGAACAUCUUCAUCUCGAGAACAAUUACAUUAAAACAAGAGAAAUAUCAUCCUAUGCAUUUUCAUGCAUAAGAUCAUAUUCAAGUGUCGUUCUUAAACCACAGAAUGUCAAGUAAUCCUACAUUUCUAUUGUCAAUUAUAAACUGUAUUGAUAUGUUUGUCGUAGUAGCAUUUAUCAUCAAUAAGAGAGACAUCAUGUCCUGUGAUGCUCAGUAUCAU